GGAAAGAGAGCGGGAAGAGAACGCGUAUUAGCAUUCAUUUGUCUACCCGAGCGCUUUCUAUAAUAAGCAGAGAAUUUAUUUCCUUUAUUGUUAGUCAUCUCAUCUCAUCUCAUCUCCUCUCCUCUCCAAAUAUUCUUUCUUUCUUUCUUCUGAGAGCAGAUAGAUCUGCGCGUUGUUCGUUUCUGAGAAGAGCUUAUUAUAACCAUACCGUCACUCCGACUCCCUGGCUACUAUUCGAGAUUAUAGACAUGGCUCCUCCUAUUGAGACUCCCAGUAAACUUCCUGUCUCUCGCCAUUCCUCACAUCCACCUCUUAAUGAAAGGAUACUCUCAUCAAUGAAUAGGAGAUCUGUAGCUGCGCAUCCUUGGCAUGAUCUGGAGAUUGGACCUGAAGCUCCAAAGAUAUUCAACUGUGUGAUUGAAAUAGGGAAAGGGGGCAAGGUGAAAUAUGAACUUGACAAAAAAACUGGACUGAUCAAGGUUGACCGUGUGCUUUACUCUUCAGUUGUAUAUCCCCACAACUAUGGUUUCAUCCCCCGCACUCUUUGUGAGGACAACGAUCCCAUGGAUGUCUUGAUUAUCAUGCAGGAACCAGUUCUUCCAGGAUGCUUUCUUCGCGCUAAAGCUAUAGGACUCAUGCCAAUGAUUGAUCAGGGUGAGAAAGAUGACAAGAUAAUUGCGGUUUGUGCUGAUGAUCCUGAAUACCGCCACUACAAUGAUAUCAAGGAACUGCCACCACAUCGUUUAGCUGAGAUCCGUCGUUUCUUUGAAGAUUACAAGAAAAAUGAGAACAAGGAGGUUGCUGUUAAUGACUUUCUGCCGGCCUCUGAUGCCUAUGAGGCAAUCCAGCAUUCAAUGAAUCUUUAUGCGGACUACAUAGUGGAGAGCCUCAGGCGAUAGAUUUUCCGGCAAACAAAAAUGACAGGCCGAUGCUUGAAGAUGUGCACGAUGACGACGAUUAUGUUAGGAUUGCAUGCUUCAUAGUUGUAAUAAACAGCGAAGAAAAGAAAUUCUGGUGGUGGCUUGACUUCAUAAUGGUGCCUUAUUUUUUGUUGUUUUUUCCUUUUCUUUUUCCUUUUGCCAUCAUUUGUUAAUUUGUAUGUAUUUGAUUUCACUUAUUUUGAAUUUGUGAUACUUUUUGUACGUGAGAAACGAUAGUAAUUAUUUUUUCAUAUGAUGAAAAAAAUGUAAUACUAUAUGCAAUUACUUGGUGUUUAUUA